CACCCGCCACCCAGUCCGGUCUCCUCAUCCACCACCUGUUACGCGAAACCGGACUGGUCCUCGAGGGGGCUUAACCGGGGCAACUGUGUCAACACUAACCAACACGAGAAGGAGUUCACCCAACGCCAGUUGAAUCAGGAGGUCACGGCAGCCGGUAAGAUGGGCCCAGCCAACACCUUCUCCUACCGGUACUCCAUACCAUCGAAUAGGAACGGCGUCCACCUGACCCCCAUAUUUGCCGGACCCGGGGGUCCGCUGGGGUCGCUGCUCGAUCACGGCACCACGCUCUGGAGUCCACUGCACCGGCGACGGGACGACAUUCCCCAGGCCGGAUUUCCGAUGUCUGAAUACUCCUCACCAACGCCCGUCAGUUCCAUAAUCUAUGGAGGCUUCCAGGGCUCUCCGUCUCUAUUACCUCAUCUCGAAUCUUCCCACUCAGAGCAUAAACAGUGA